CACAUUAACCGUUCAAUUUGCAAUUUAGAGAGAAAAAAAAGUCGGGGUUUAGAGGGAGAAAAUAUGGGGUCUCGAGAUGAGUCGGCGCCACACCAACCCCUUUUAAGCAGCCUUGUCGUUCGGCCAUCCGAUAGCGGCGGUGGCGGUGGCGGCGGCAGCGAUUACGAGCCAGGAGAAGUUCGCCGUGACGCUCCUCCUUAUUCUCGCCCCGAUCGUUAUCCUGAUGAAGGGUAUAGAACACGGGCGGUUUCUGGUUCUCCUGUGCGUCGUAGAGAUGUGGAUCGUAGAUAUAGUCCUGCACCCAUUGAUCGUUUGGAUGGUCCACCUCGGCAUCGUGGAUUUGGGGGUGGCAGAGAGAAUUUGAGGUCUCCUGGUCGCUACCGUGACUUUUCGCCCCCUCAUGCUCGAGGAAGGGGUGGUCGUUCAUUUGGAAGAGGAUUCGAUGGUCCUGGUCAUGGUCCUGGAGCAGUCAGAGGUGAGGGAAAUCAGGGAAUGCAUAAGAACAACCCUAAUGUGCGUCCGAGAGAAGGGGAUUGGUACUGCACAGAUGCAGCGUGUGGAAACUUAAACUUCGCUAGACGGGAGUACUGCAACAACUGUAAAAGGCCCCGUUAUGCUCCUCCUGGAAGUCCCCGGAGGGGAUAUGCUGGCCCUCCACCCCCUAUGGGACCCCCACGGCGCUUCCCAGGCCCACCAAUGGAUCGUUCACCAGGCAGGUUUGGUAAUGGAUACAGAUCUUCGCCUCCACGCGGGUGGCCUAGAGAUGGGCCGAGGGACUUUGGACCUGGUGGUCCACCUCCAAGACACGAAGGCAGGUUUCCUGACCAUCACCUUCGUAGGGAUCGGUUAGACUACCCUGAUGAAGAUUUCAGGGACCGUGGCAAGUUUGACAGGCCACCACCACCAGAAUGGGGCCCACGUGACCAUGCACGAGAUGGCUUUUUGGACAGGAAAGGGUAUGAGAGGCGACCGUUAUCUCCUCUUGCACCUCCACCACCACCUCGAGGGCGAUGGGCUGAUCGUGAUAUGAGAGAGAGGAGCCGCUCCCCCAUGAGGGGUGGGCCACCACCCCGUAGGGACCCUUACAUGGAAAGGGGAAGGGAAGACAGACGUGGGGUUGGCCGAGACCGGAUUGGCAAUGUGUAUUAGAAUUUAGAAAUAGACAAGACUUGGCGCCUUUAGCUGUAUUAGCUGUUAUAAUAGAUUCGGUUUCUGGUUUUUGAGUAGAAAUUGUGAGAUAUGAGUCUGUUCCUGUUACCUCUGUUUUACCAGGAUCUAGUGUGUGUGGUACAGUUGCAGCUUCAUUUUAAUAGUUGGGUUUAGUUACUACAUUCAUCAGCUGCUGCAUUCAGAUUUUGUUAUUUUCAUUGAGGUUAAGUUGCUGCAUUUGGAUGAAUACCCAAGUAUAUUUUGAUCGAAGCUGAAUAUUGUCUAUGUGAACAUACAUGUGAAUUACGUGAGUUUCUUAGUUUGUUGUGGA